UCAUAUUGUGUUAAAGCAAAGAUGGCCGCGCCCACGCCGCUGCACUUCAGAAAACCACUUGUCUAAAAAUAACCACUUCGCUCUUUGAAACGACUCAAAAUAUCUCAUAAUCUUAUCUGAUCGCCGACCAGCGGUCAUAGAACAAUUCAAUCGGAGUGUCAUCAGCAAACACCGCCAGCUAUUUUGAUGCUGGGUCACAAACUGCGGAUAAUUUUGGAGCCGAUUCUGUUGACAACGAGGCGUGAUUUCUCGGCUAAAAUCACCUCAUGGGUUGAGUUGAAUCGCCAUCCAAUCAGGAUCGAGUCUCGAGCCAUAUCGGCUGUCAAUCAGCAUUCUGCUCUGACCCUUCGGCACCGAAUUAAUAUUAAUAGCGCCGGAUUUGACCGCACAAGAUGCUGUUACACGAUGGCGGAGUACAGCAAAGGUGACGCUGAUCGAUUCAACGACGUCUUCCAGGACCUCGUGCGAGACAUCACCGAAGAUGACGCUGCCAAUCCGGAGAUCAGAGACGCGGCGCUCCGGUUUGAGAAAAUGAUGAAAUACAAUAUUCCACACGGCAAGCGCAACCGGGGCCUGACGACGGUGGCGUCCUUCCGGUUCCUCGCCAGUCCUUCGCAGGCCACCGACGCCAAUGUAUUCAAGGCUAUGGUGCUGGGAUGGUGCGUGGAGUGGCUGCAAGCAUACUUCCUGAUCUCGGACGACAUCAUGGACCAGUCUAAGACGAGGCGUGGUCAGCCGUGCUGGUUUCGCAAAGCUGACGUUGGCCUGGAUGCGAUUAACGACUCGUUCUUUGUUGAAUCUGGCAUCUAUAAGUUGUUAAAGAAGCACAUAGCGGGGGAACCGUACUACGUUAAUGUCUUGGAACUAUUCCACGAGACAAACUAUCAGACGGUGGUAGGGCAGUCCCUGGACCUGAUCACAUCGCCCGAGGGCAACAAAGAUCUCAACAGGUUCACACAACAAAGAUAUGAUGCAAUCGUUAAAUGGAAGACGGCUUUUUAUUCUUUCUAUCUGCCAGUAGCCUUGGCCAUGUAUAUGGUUGGCAUCUCGGACCCGGAGUCGCACAAGAACGCCAAGACCAUCCUGCUACAGAUGGGACACUUUUUCCAAGUUCAGGACGACUUCCUUGAUUGCUAUGGCAACCCGGAGGUGAUAGGGAAGAUAGGAACGGAUAUUGAAGAGAACAAAUGCAGUUGGUUGGUCGUCCAGGCGCUCAAGUCGGCAACUCCAGAGCAGCGAGAAAUUUUAGAGGAAAACUACGGCAUUGAUAACCCGGCCAAGGUUGCCAUGGUGAAGAGGCUGUACAAGGAUCUCGACCUGGAGACGGUGUACAAGAACUACGAGGAGAGUAGCUACCAAGAUCUCAUGACCUCGAUCGAUACGCACAGCGGGCACCUACCCAAGGAAAUGUUCGUGGCUUACGCUCGGAAGAUAUUCAAACGAAAUAAAUAAGUGUUUUUAGAUGUGCAGGGGAGGAGCUAGAUUUGUAAGGGGGAGGGGUUUGAUUAUUUUUUUUGGGGGGGGGGUAGAUGUUGAGGGGCGGAGCUAGAAUUUCAAGGGGGUGUGAUUUAAAAAAAUGCUGCAGGAUAAUGGGUGCACGGCAUUUGUUGGCUUAAGAAAAUUCUUGUGG